UUUUGCAUAACCUUAUGGAGAAAAAGGACUUUGAAGCAUGGCUUGAUAACAUUUCUAUUACAUUUCUUUCUCUGACGGACUUGCAGAAAAAUGAAACUCUGGAUCACCUGAUUAGCUUGAGUGGAGCAGUCCAGCUCAGGCACCUCUCCAAUAAUCUAGAGAUUCUCCUCAAGAGGGACUUCCUCAAACUUCUUCCAUUGGAACUUAGUUUUUAUCUGUUAAAAUGGCUUGAUCCUCAGACCUUACUCACGUGUUGCCUCGUCUCUAAGCAGUGGAAUAAGGUUAUAAGUGCCUGUACAGAGGUAUGGCAGACUGCAUGUAGGAAUUUGGGUUGGCAAAUAGAUGACUCUGUUCAGGAUCCUUUACAUUGGAAGAAAGUUUACCUAAAGGCUAUCUUAAGGAUGAAGCAACUGAAGGACCACGAAGCCUUUGAGACAUCCUCUUUAAUUGGACACAGUGCCCGAGUAUAUGCACUUUACUAUAAAGAUGGACUUCUGUGUACAGGAUCUGAUGACUUGUCUGCAAAACUGUGGGAUGUAAGCACAGGUCAGUGCAUAUAUGGUAUCCAGACACACACUUGUGCUGCAGUGAAGUUUGAUGAACAAAAGCUUGUAACAGGAUCUUUUGAUAACACAGUAGCCUGUUGGGAAUGGAGCUCUGGGGCAAAGACACAGCAUUUUAGAGGACAUACCGGUGCAGUUUUUAGUGUGGAUUACAACGAUGAACUUGAUAUUCUGGUCAGCGGCUCUGCAGACUUCACUGUGAAAGUAUGGGCCUUAUCAACAGGAACGUGCCUGAAUACCCUUACUGGACACACAGAAUGGGUCACUAAGGUAGUUUUGCAGAAGUGCAAAGUCAAAUCUCUUAUGCAUAGUCCUGGGGAUUAUAUCCUUCUAAGUGCAGAUAAGUAUGAAAUCAAGAUUUGGCCUAUUGGAAGGGAAAUAAACUGCAAGUGCUUAAAAACACUCUCUGUUUCUGAAGAUCGCAGUAUCUCUCUACAGCCCAGACUGCACUUUGAUGGUAAAUACAUAGUGUGCAGUUCAGCACUAGGAUUAUACCAGUGGGACUUUGCCAGCUAUGACAUUCUCAGGGUUAUCAAACCUCCUGAUUUCUCAAAUGUGUCCUUGCUGGCUUUUGGAGAGAUAUUUGCUCUGCUGUUUGAUAACAGAUACCUGUAUAUAAUGGACUUGAGGACAGAAAAAAUGAUAAGCCGCUGGCCUCUACCAGAGUAUAGAAAAUCAAAGAGAGGUUCAAGCUUUUUGGCUGGUGAAGUGUCUUGGUUAAAUGGACUAAAUGGCCAAAAUGAUACGGGCUUGGUUUUUGCCACCAGUAUGCCAGACCAUAGUAUCCAUUUGGUGUUAUGGAAAGAACAUGGCUAAAAAGCUCACAUACGCAGACUCUUCAGGAAUAUAUGGACUAUCAGCAGUGUGUCCAUAAAAUGAGACUUUGCAUGAACCAAAGUUGCACACCCAAUGGUAUCAUCAUGCAAUGCACAAUCAUGUACUUUUAUUUGGGCAUUUGGGAAUGGGUUGUUUUGGACAUAAUGCAAUACAGCAUGCUAACAGUAUUCAACACAAAAUUUUGUCUCA